AAAAGAUACUUCACGUUGUAAUCGGUCCAUCGUCACUGUCUCGCGCACCUAAUCUCACCGGCCGUCAUCACCUCUUUAGCUUUUGCACUCGUCGUCUCGUCCAACAUAAACAGCAACCGCGCGUGCCGGCCAGUAAACACGACCAGAUCACUUCAUUUGCGAGUUGGCGCUCGAGACGGUGGUUGUGUGGUUUCACUUUCGUUCCGCAGAGACCGGCAUAGUCGCGACGGCAGUACGAGGUACAAGUUUUCACUUACGCAAUGAGGAAGUUAUUCCACAAACAGGGCAGCCUGAUCCUUAAGGAGACCCCGUUUGCUUGUGUCCUGCAGUCACGUUACCGGGCGGAACGCUGCGACAAGUGCUUCAAGCCGGGAAAGGUAUUGAAGUGCUCGAGUUGUUUGUACGUGCGGUAUUGCAACCGGCUCUGUCAGAAGGAGGCUUGGCCCGACCACCAGGAGGAAUGCGGCAAGCUGAAGGAGAUUGGCGACCGAGUGGUUCCGGAUGCUGGCCUAAUGAUGUCUCGAAUAAUCCGUAAACUGCUGAAAGGCGGCGACGUCAUGAAGGGAUAUUAUACAGACAAGUGCUACCGGCGAUUCUGGGACUUGAUGCCUCAUGAGGAGGAUAUCAAGAAAGAUGAGAAGCGCAUGGAGCACUUCCAGUCGCUGACGGUCGUGCUGCGUUCGUUGAUUGACGAGGCGGCCAUGCCAGGGAACCAGGAGUUGCUGCGGAUUUUCGGAAAGAUGUGCAUCAACAGCUUCAACAUCCUGGACGACGAGAUGAACAGCAUCGGCACCGGGAUGUACCUGGGCGCGUCCAUCAUGGACCACAGCUGCCGCCCGAACGCGGUGGCCAUCUUCGACGGAUGCAACCUGAACGUGCGCCUGCUCGAGGACUACCACGGGGCGGAGAUUGACUUCUCGAAGAUUUUCAUCUCGUACAUCGACCUGCUCAAUCCGACAGACGUGCGGCGCGACAUGUUGCGCAAGCGGUACUACUUCGAGUGUGGCUGCGAGCGGUGCCGCGACGAGCAGGAACUGAAGCUGAUGAAUGGGGCCGCUUGCGCGAACGCCCAGUGCGACGAGCCGAUCUCGAUGACGGCCCGGCAGGAUCGGUGUCCGGGCUGUUCGACGGCCAUCAAGCAGACCGAGCGGGACAAGUUCCGCGAGAUAAGCGCUUUCACGAUGACCCAACUGGAGCAGAUGAAGGACGUUACUUAUUUGGACAUUUGCCAGCUGUGUUUGAGCAAGCAGGAGAAGGUCUUCCAUCCGUUCAACGUUUGGUACUUGAAGACGCUGGAUCUUGCGUUCGAAAGUGCCAUCGAAAUGGAAAAGUGGGAAGACGCGAUCGAUUACGGUAGCCGGCUUAAGGAUGGCUUCAAGCGGUUCAACGGAGCGUUCCAUCCGCUUUACGCUUUGCUGCUGCUCAAGCUGGGCAAAAUCGAAAUCUACCUCAAGCACGGCAAGGAGGCGCUGAUGAACGUCAACGAGAGCGAGAAGAUUCUGCGCAUCACGCACGGCGAGGAGCACGACCUGUACAAGAAACAGCUGAUUCCGCUGCUGUGCCAGGCCGCGACCGAGUACGAACAAAUGGACAAAUGAACCCAUCCAUGGAACGUGAUAUUCUGCUGGAUCAGAGCGAGCGACAACUAUCGUGUUAAACUAUUGCUACCUAAUUUAUUCAACUUGUUUUUUUCUUCUUAUUUGCAAUUUUACAAAAAAAAAAUAAACUCAAAGACACACAA